AAUGGACUGCAUCUAUCAUUCGUGAUGAGUUUCAGUCGUAUCGAGCACCCGGGGUGGCACGUCAUGGCCCCGACGGCCAAGCUCUGCCAUAGGCUGAAUCUAGACCCUGUCACCUGUUUCGAGACCUUUGGCGCCUUCAGAAAGCUAUACCGACCAGCAGAGCGGGAUCUUUCGCCUUUGACAUACAUAUGUCCCUCUUCCCAUCUCGAGAGACUGCCCCCUGAGCUGAUCGACAUGAUCCUUAAGCCCCUCGGCGCCUCAGGAAUGGUGGCUCUCGGCCUCUGCUCUCGGACUCUCUGGCGACAUGUCACCUCAAUGGUUCGAAGUGUCUACCGCACUUCGGCCAGCGACCCAAGCUGGGCUGGCAUUCCUCUCAUCUGCGCUAGCUCAUACAUCGAUGACCUACCUGAAAGCCUACACGAGCACUAUCCUGAGGUCAACGAACCGUGGGCCGUUGGCGAGAAUGAUGACCGAAUAAAUCCUUCUGACACUUGGAGGAAACGCAUGCUCCAAUGUUCUGUCGAAGCUUCGAAAAAUAACCGCAACAUCUACCUCGAGGCAUUCGACAAGUACAUCACAAUGAGCCGCAUCCCAAAACAACUGCACACACUUCUCAAGGCAUCAAUAGACCGAAUCCCCUAUGUGGAGGGAACUCGCUGGCAACUCCGUAACCUGACAACAAAAGAUUACGUCUCUUUAGGCUUGGUCCUCGAGAACAACAACCGAGACCGCAUGACACUUGCCCUUGAAAACCACCGCUGGGCCACUGUGGACGCAAUCUUGAUUUGGUACAUCUGCUGGACAUCUCUGCUUGGAGCAAAGGCCGUUCCAGCUGAUAGUUCCACUACCACACUUGAGCGUCUCUUUCAACGGCGAGGACCGUGGGCUGGACACUGUUUCGAGAUCAUACAAGAGAAGGACCCAGAUCCAGGGUGGGAGGAUGUCACAAGCAUCUUUGUCAGAUACGCCGACCUGCUUAUGGAGAAGAAACAAAAAGAAUGGUCCAAAGAGCCCGUACAGGUUCUUAAAAAGGUCAAAAGCUUGCCUCAAACUGCAGCUCAACGCCUAUUCCCAAGGCUGACUCGAAGGCGAGAAAAGACCAAGACUCGCAAUGAGAAUAGUGGGCUGAAAAGAGUGAGGGAUGCUCUACACCGCAUUUACUCACUUGUUCGCUAG